CAAUUGCUAAUUUUGAAGUGAUCCAUACGAGAACAAAAUUCUUGUUAAGUAUGUGUUAGUGUUACCAUAGGGGGCACUUAAAAAUUUGCGAUUGAUGAUGAAAACGGAUAUAAGUAGCAUUGUAAUAGUUUUAUACCUACACCGUUAUGUCAUCUCUACGCAUUUCACCAUCUCUUAAGCCACCUCGCCCACCUCGCGCGAUGAGCGAUACGCACGAAGCGGCAACAUCGCUUGCGAUUCGACUCGCUCUCUCGUCGCGCAGUAUCGCCUCGCCUGCGCUUUGGGAGGCCGUGUUUGUAGGUUUAUACGCAAUGACCACCACCAACAUGUCCAGUAGACAGUUCAGAGAACGGUUGAUAGACGAAGUGAAAAAGUACCCUGUUUUAUACGACACAAGACACGAAAAUCACAGAGAUAUUGACAUUAGAGACCGCUGUUGGUCGGAGAUUUCCGAGCGGCUCGGUGGAAACAGUGAGGUCCUGAAGCGGGAGUGGAAGAUCCUCCGCGACUCGAUGCGGCAGGCGCUGAAGCGCACCAAGCGCGGCGCCACCACCAAGGCCGGCGCGCCCUGCAAGAAGUGGCGCUUCGAGAGCCGCAUGGCCUUCGUGCUGCCCUACAUGACGGUCAGGAGAAACGAGCGGCAGGUGAAGGACACAGACGUGAAGCUGGACGAGGGCGAUGAGCCGCCGGCGUCGGACCAGGAGUCGGAGGCGUGGGAGCCGGCGGGCGGCGGCGGCGGCGGCGGCGACGAAGCGCUGGAGCUGUUCUUCGCGAGCGUGUGCCAGAGCGCCAAGCGCCUGCCGCGGCCGCUGCAGCAGCGCCUCAAGCGGCUUACGCUGGACGCGCUGCUGCGGCUGGAGGAGGAGGCCGACGCCGACGCGCCGCCCAACGACACCAAGAACUUCUAACGGCACACGGAUCAAAGGCUGUCCGAAACUGUACCACAAAAUAGAUAGGAUCGGAGUGGCAACCAAAUAAAAAGCCUAACAAAAGCCGGACAGGCCGGACAAGGCAAUAUUUGGCCGGACAAGACCCUAAAAAGCCGGACGCCUGGCAACCCUAAUCGCACACGAUUUGACACGAUAGUCGCAAACCUGUGUGGGUAUGCAAAACGAAUUAGAUACAUACAGGUAAUUGUCUUCUGUUCCUAUUUAUUUUGUAAGUAUCUGUACGGUACGGAGACCACAAGCUGCAUGCGACAUGUCGCCGCCUACCUGCUGGUUUUGGCGAAAAAUAUAGUGAUUACAUCACAGAAAAUGGGCCGAGUUGGGGUGUAAUCCUAUGUAAAUAAAUAAACCUUGUACCUAUAUUGUUAUCGAAAUAUUUCAGGCAUUAUCAUAAUAUGCCUAUGAUCUCAAUUUCUCAAUAAAUCGUGUGACGUCACAAUUCUUUUAGGCCCAAUGUGGCCCCCUUCUCAGUAGAUCUGCGCCGGACUAUGGACCUAUUUUCCAUUAGAUAUCUUACAAGCUUACAUUCACCAUCCACAAGGACGUUGGCUGUCGCUGCUGCUGCUUUAAAUGUAUCUUGGUACAUUUAGCCGCCAAUUCUUCCAAAUUGUUGUUAAAAGUAGUCAAGUUUUGUAAGAACUCCAUUUUAUUUAGCCUUCAAACGUUACAUAUUUGUGUAGAUUUAAGUUAAUGUAAGUAAUAGUUAAAGAAUAUAAUAAUUAUCAUGAUACCUAAUAAUUCAGCGGUACUUUUUUAAUUCAUCAUGAUCUGGUUUUUAAGUAAUCAUCAUAUACUCAUACUCAUAUUCAUAUGAAUGCAGUUACUAAUUAUUGUUAGUUACUGUAAAAAUGUUAAUUAAUAGAAAAAUAUAGGUACUUACGUACUGGCCAGAUGGCAGCUUAAAAAUCGUAAUAUUAUUAUUUGAGUAGGUAUUAAAAUUUUACAUUGUGAUCAUAAUUGUUGUAAUUUUUAUAUUC